AUGAAUAGCGAUUCCGGGGUCCAGUUUAUCGCUCGGCGAAGAAAGCGACCCCGUCAAGAACACUCAGCAACCCACUCAACUUCAACUUCAACGUCUCGCCCUACCCUCCCUCCACUAGCCAUGCCUCCAGCCCGCUACGCUGGCGAUGGCCUCGAUUUCCGCCGGCCCGCAGCGGGGCCUCCUGUGCCGCCAGAAGAGGAUUCGGAAGUUAUUGAUUUAACGAAUGAGCCGGAUUCACCAGAGCUUCCCAGGCGGCAAAUUCCUGAAAGCAGUAGACGACAACCUCGGCCACCUCGAUUUGGACGAGAGAUAAUGGCAGACGUCGUCAACUUAGAAGACGAGGAAGAGGAACAGGAACCAGAUCCUCCAAGCAGCCCGGAAGUUCAGUUUCUCUCUUCAACUGUACGGCCGCCACGGCCGCCACCACCAGCAAGGACGCAAAGUCUCACGGCCUCUAAUUUCUGGCGCCUCCUGCCACUACCGCAGAUGUUCAGAUCUACAAAUGACCCGCGCUAUCGGCGAGAAGUUCCAUGGAGGGCAGCAUCACAUCUCUCGCGCGGGGACUUAGAAACCCUGUGGAUCGGGGAAGAUGCUGGUGGGCCGAUGGACCUAACCAUCAACUUGGAUAAUGCGGAAUGGGAAUUACUGGGGCUGCCAGAUAUAGAUAGACCUGAACGGGAGCGGCCAAGAAGCUCCUACAAGGCUCCGACCCCGGCGCCAGAAGGCUUCACAAGGAGUCUCGCCGAGGAUGAUGUCGCUACUUGCCCUAACUGUGAUGAAGAGCUUGGAACGGGCAAUGACAUUAAACAACAAAUAUGGGUGGCGAAACAAUGUGGACAUGUAUAUUGCGGAGAAUGUGCAACCAAUCGUUCUCUAACUCGGGCGAAAAAAGCAAACGCAAAGACAAGGCCAUUCGCGAAAUGUCAAGUUGCCGAUUGUGGAAAGCCUGUUAGCGCUCCUAAAGCAAUGUUUCAAGUAUAUUUAUGA